AUGAUGAAACGACUCGAAUGCAUCAUGACAACGCCAGAAGACGGGGCAGCGGGCGAGUGGAUUUGUCGUCUGGUUGGUCAUCUUCUCAAUUUGCCCAGUUCCCCUGGCCUGCCUACGAUUGGCCGAAUCGCCGCGUCCCUCAGCUCGGCCAAUGACCAAUCGCGGCGAUUGCUCAAUCCCGACUGGGAGCGUUUUGCUGGCCAACCCCCCGACUGUAGGUGUGGUGAUGCCGUCGGCUGGAUGAGACCACUUGCCUCCUAG